AUGUCCAAAAGGCCAUCAGUACCGGUUGUUGGUUUGGUUGUUGACUUGUUUUGUUCUUCAAUGAUUGAUGUUGCUAAGGAACUUAGGAUUCCUUCUUAUGUUUACAUCUCUUCUAGUGCAGGCUUUCUUGGUCUCAUGCUUCAUCUUCCAAGAAGGAAGGAUCAGGUUGGGAUUGAGUUCAAGGAAACUGACCCUGACUUGAUUGUUCCCUGUUUUUUCAACCCUGUGCCUGCCAGGGUUAUGCCAUCAGUGUUGUUGAACAAGGAUGGUGGGUACAUCUGCUUUGAAAACCAUGCGAGAAGAUUUAAAGAUACUAAAGGUUUUAUCGUCAAUACAUUUACUGAGCUUGAAGCCCAUGCAGUCAGCUCUUUUUUGGGUGGAGAUGCACCCCCAGUAUAUACAGUGGGGCCACUACUAAAUGUCAAUGGACAGAGUUUGAUGGAAUCAAAUCUGGAUGAUCAACAUGGCAAGAUCAUGAAAUGGCUUGAUGAUCAACCAGAAAAAUCAGUUGCGUUCUUGUGCUUUGGAAGUUUAGGGCGUUUUAGUGGGGCUCAAGUGAAAGAAAUUGCACUUGGGCUGGAACAAAGUGGACAUAGAUUCUUAUGUUCCGUUCGCAAGCCACCACCGGAAGGACAAUUUGCAAUGCCUAGUGAUUACAUGAACUUUGAAGAGGUUUUGCCAGACGGGUUCUUGGAAAGAACAAAAAAUAUUGGCAUGGUAUGUGGAUGGGCUCCCCAAAUACAAGUCCUAGCCCACAGAGCUGUGGGAGGAUUUGUUUCACACUGUGGAUGGAACUCGAUUUUGGAAAGCUUAUGGUAUGAUGUACCUGUUGUGACAUGGCCAAUGUAUGCCGAGCAACAACUUAAUGCAUUUCAAACGGUGAAUGAUUUGGGACUAGCCAUAGAAAUGACAUUAGAUUAUAGGAUGGGUUCUAAUGAACUUGUUGUGGCUGAUAAGAUAGCCAAGUCUGUAAAAUCAUUGAUGGAGGAAGGGAGCACCGUGAGAGACAGGGUUAAAGCAGUGAGUGAAGCUAGCAGGAAAGCUGUGGUGGCGGGUGGAUCUUCAUUUGCUGCAUUUGGAGACUUGAUUGAAAUCAUGCUAUCUUGA